AUGCAUGAUAUGCGUUCCCUAGUCGGUUUUAAUCAUAUCUUCAGUACAGCGUAUCAUCCCCAAACCAACGGAAUCGUUGAACGCUUCAACAGCACGUUCAUUCCCCAAAUUUCGAAAUUGCAAGAUUCCGAACACAAUAACUGGGACGAAUACUUACAAGCGGUCGUGUUUGCCUAUAAUUCCGGCAUCCAUAAAACCACACAAUAUUCUCCCUAUGAACUAUUGUACGGUCGUUCCCCACGUCUACCCUUUCAUUUACCUCCAUCAUAUCUUUCUCUUCCGUCUUCUCACGACUAUCUGGCGCAACUCCAAAAAACGCUACACAUCUUUCAUCGUUCGGCUCGGUCCAAUAUAGUACAACAACAGGCUCGUAAUAAAAUCUUUUACGACCGAAACCGUUCCGAUCCGUCCUAUGAGGUCGGCGAUCGCGUGCUUACACGCAUCCAUGGAACUGCGAACAAACUCGCCCCGUUGUUCACACCGAGCCCUAAAACAAUCAUCCGUACACUUCAUCCCACGUACGUUGUUCGUGACGAUCAAACUAAUAACGAAUCUCGUGUUCACCCCACACCUUCGAUUCAUCUCGCUUUAUUUCUAUCUUGGACGUCACCCGAUGAGAUUCCAUCGUCACAUAUCUAUUUUUUUGCGCAUGCCGAUCCGUGUACAUCCUAUCCAUUAUCAUUCAUCUAUUUAGCUCAUCUAUUAGCAAUGACCACUUCAUCUCCUCCGUCGUUCACACCUUAUGCCGUUCCUCAUUACUUAGCGUUAACCGACAGUCAUGGUAAAUUCACACCAUCCACCAUCGAAACGUCCACCUAUUCCAUCAAAGUGCACGCCAUCUCGGGUCUCAAAUGGAUCGACACUUAUCGUCCAGAUUUAUCUGCACUACAUUUGUUGUCGUCAUCUUCGUUGUCGUCGCUGCUGUCUUCCGCGUCGGCCGUCUUAUUUCUUAUUGGGACGAACUCUGUUCGGUUUCUUCCCGCUUCUACCAUUCUCUCCCAAGUCGACACCGUCAUUACCGCUGUUCGUGCGCACCACCCCCACCUGUCCCACAAGCAUUCAAUCAGCAUCGUUUCUUGCUUCCCAUGCUUGAAACCCCAUUACCCGCUCCAUACUCGACACUCCCUCAUCGACAACAUCAACCACUACAACUUUCUCCUCCACAACCUGGCCGACAGCCUCAAUUUUACCCUCAUUGAUUUUCAUGUUACGGAGUCUCAUCUCGGUCCGGACAAUAUGCAUAUACAUUUGCAAUACCGGCACCUCGUUCCGGAUUCUCUCACUAAUUAUUUCGCAUAUCUGUCGUCAAUACCUUCCACCUUACCAUUAAAAACCGUUGGCCGAUCUCCUGCUGCCGUAACCCGUCGAAAUCAUCAUCGUCAUCAACAGAUGACACUCAAACAACAACAACAUCAAAUUACCCGUCGCGUGUCUUCCUCUUGGUCUCCUUCAUCCAUCAAAAAAUACUUACACGACCGUCACAUUCCGAUCGCAAAGAUCUCCCCCAUUCGUCGCAAUGCUGUUCGGUUACGCUUUAAUAACCCCGAAGAUCUUCGCCUUGCCGACAUGAGUGUCCCUCAGGACGCUUUUGCCUGA